GUUGCUGGUUUACCGAAAUGGCUGCAGCGGCUUUAGUAGAGACUUCUUCAGGUAAAGAUGCGAUUGCCGAGGGUUUGCUCGACCUCCUGAGACCAGCUAUCCAGCAGCUCGACUUGCAUGUACACUCAGUCAGAGAAAGCCAGGUAGAAUUAAGAGAACAUCUAGACAAUCUGGCCACAGAGUUAUGCAGGAUAAAUGAACAUCAGAAGGUGGCUCUAGACCUGGACCCUUAUGUAAAGAAGCUGCUGAAUGCAAGACGCAGAGUAGUGCUAGUAAACAACAUACUGCAGAAUGCCCAGGAACGUCUGAGGCGACUCAACCAUAACGUGGCCAAGGAGACAGCACGAAGAAAGACCAUGCUGGAGGCUUCAGGAGUGUUCACCUCCCGCUCCCCCAGUAAACCCUGAGCCGCCUCCUCCUGCUCUGCACAGCAAAUACUGUGAACUGUCCUGACCAGGAGGGACACAUCAAUACAGGAAACUGUGACACGAGGAGGACAAGUCUCCCUUUGACAUUUUGUUAGCUGCUUGUGUAAUGACAUGCUGAUGUCCUGCUUUGUCUGAUGUUGUCAUAACAAAAGUCCAGACUGCUAUCUGCUUAGAGUUAGGCAGCUGCAAAUAGCUUAUUGUCUAAUCCUCUAGCAAAAUACGACAGAAUCAGCUUUCAUCAGUGUCACCAGAUCAUACGUUCUACAUUACACACAUGUAGCCACAAAAGGUAAUGACCAUCCACAUUUAUCUGGAGUGUCUGUCUUCUGAUCAAAUGAAUGAGUGUUCCUGCUUUCUGAGGGAUAGUUAUUUAAUAAUACAUUGAUUCUGCAGAUAAAAUACUUCUACCCGUGAGCAAAAUGUUAAAAAAAGACUGCAACUGUGACGUCACUCAGCAUGCAGGAUAGAUGACGACACUUGGCCUGAGUAAUCUUGUGGACCACAAAAACAGACCCUUGUUUCACUGCUGGAAGCAUUGUCCUAAUGCACUGUUUUAAAAUGUCAGUCUGUCCUCGUGCCUUCUUCUGCUCUCUGGCUUUGGGAGAUGGUUGUUCACAAACUUGAACUGAAUUGCUCUCUAUGAAGUGGAAGUUAAAGGGGCUGUUACUCUGUCACUUAGCAUCUGACUAGCUUAGCUGCGGUUUGGAACGGGUCCAGCUACACCGGAACUUGCAGGGUUUUAAAGCAUAGCUGCGUGCUAAACUGGACUUGAUUGCUGCGUCAAAAUGAACACAACAACCUCAACAUCAUGCAGCACACAUGAGUGUGGAGCUUUAAUACAUCCAUGAUAUGUUAUCAUUUUAUCUGUGUUGCUGCACUGGCACAUUGUGUUUCCACUGUUGCUCACACAGGUCAUAUGUGCACAAUUACUGAGAUUCUCACCCUUGACAGUAAUUUGAUGACCCAAUGGAAGAUUGAAUUCACUUGCCCCAGUGAAUCACAUCAAGUGAGAAACUGGCUCCCUGCUGGGGUUUUUCCCAAUCUGAAAACCUUAUCUUGACAGAACAUGACUACUUGUGCUUGUGAUAGUAUUAUUAAACAUUAUUAAAUAAUAUUGAACUGAAUAUUUCAAUCAAAUGUACAUCAUAUUGGAGCACAUUUGCCCCUUUGAAUCUACUGUAGUAUCAGCAAUCAGUUUGCACUAAAACUGCGGUGGGGAUUGGUCUGAUAAUAUAUGUAUGAUUAUUUGAUUCUGUUUCGUCUCUACAUUACUGGACCAUAUGUCCAGCUUGCAGGCGCUGGACUCGUGAUAGUGCAUUUUUGAACAACUGGUUAUAAUCUUUGUCAGAUAAUCAGUGACCCUGUUUCUGGCAUCAAAAAUGAAUUGAGGAAAAAGUGACACCAUUAAUUGUAAUUACACAGUUAUAUAAGUCUGCCACUUGAUUAUAUUGUGGCUUUCAAAAAAACACGCAUGGCAAAAGAUUUGAAAUUUUAGAAAUUAAUCAAAUAAUCUGAGCUGCUUAAUUUAAACCGCCGGGUAAUCCCGGGUCGGCGGCAGGUUCAAGUUAAACCUCGGACACGGAGACCUCUACAGGAGUUUAGGUCAUUUCUACAGGACACAGCAGCUGGUUCAGACAAAACCACAGGUGCAGUUUAAACUGCAUCGUCUGAGGACACAAACCGUUGUUUGAGUUGGGUUUAAGUGACAGAGCAACAGCCCCAAAGAGUUUAGCUGGCUCUUAUUUUCCAAGUCAUUAAAAGUACCGACAUGUUCCACUCCUCAGUGUUUCCAAGCUUUUUUAUGGGUGCCACUGCAUUCCCCGUAAAGCUCUACUGACAUAAAUGUGCCGUAGCAAAUCUACACAAAUCAUAAUAUUAAAUUGGUUUAACAUUUGAUGAUGAAAAUUAAACUUACUGUGUAGAAUGUUGUCUCUAUGAUUAUGCAACAUAAUAAUGCCUACAUAAUGCUUGUGAUUUUCAGUUUUUGUAUGAUAUUCAUUGCUUCUUUAUGAAUGUUUAUAAAAUAUACAUUAACGUCA